GGAGCGGGGGCCGGCCCUACCCGAGCCCAGGUGGCUCCGCCUCCCGGGGGCGCGAGCCGGCGGUGGCCCCGGGAGCUGCUUGCUUGUUCCCUCGCUCGUUGGUAGUGCCGGCAGCAAGCUAUGUCCGGGAGCCGAGCCCUCGGACCCGGGCACCCGUCGCGCGCCUAGGAAGCAGCAACAGCAGCACCCAAGUAGUUAGUUGUCAAUGGCCCUUCGCAUAGCGGAGCAGGACCGGACUAGGGGACCCUCCGCGCCUUCUCUGUUGCUACCCACCCCCACCCGAGAGUGAUGGGCAACACCGCUCACAAGACCCUGCCAGACACAAGUCACCAGUCUCGUUUGUUAGCCAAUCGACCUUGCUACACACUGCCCACCAGUAGCCAUGAUCGACGCUCUAUCCUGGCAAUUACUGAGCCCCCACGUUUCCACCCCCAGGCCAAAGGCAAGAAUGUACGCCUGGAUUCUCACUCCCGCAAGGCCACCCGAAGGAACAGUUUCUGCAAUGGGGUCACAUUCACCAAUAGACCCAUCCACCUUUAUGAGAAAGUUCGACUUAAGCUGGUGGCCGUGCACCACGGAUGGAGUGGGGCGCUGCGUUUUGGCUUCACCAUCCAUGACCCAUCCCAGAUGAACUCUGACGACAUACCAAAGUAUGCCUGCCCAGACCUGGUGACUAGGCCAGGCUAUUGGGCCAAAGCUUUGCCAGAGAGAUUUGCACUGAGGGACAAUGUUCUGGCCUACUGGGUCGACCGUCAUGGGAGAGUGUUUUAUAGCAUCAAUGAUGAGGACCCGAUACUGUUUCACUGUGGCAUUAAAGUCUCUGGACCCCUUUGGGCCCUCAUAGAUGUUUAUGGAAUUACCCAUGAAGUGCAGAUUCUAGAGAGCAUGUUUGCCGAGACCAUGGCCUCUUCUCGUCUCAGUAACACUCGUUUCAGCACUUGUAUCCCACAAAGUAACCACGACUCAGCCAACUUCAACAACAAUGAACUGGAGAACAACCAGGUAGUAGCCAAAAUCAGCAACUUAAACCUGAGCCGGGUCCCAGGAGUGUCCACGGACAACCACGUUAUACCCUGUUGUCCCAACAGGCGUUCUCGGGGUCAUGGAGUACCAGCCUUUUUAGAUACCGACCUCCACUUCCACCCCACCCGAGGGCCCGAUGUCACCUUCUCUCAGGACCGGAUGGCAGCCUGCACCAACUGGCAGGAGAGCAAUAGGACUUUGGUGUUCUCGGACCGGCCUCUGCACAUCGGUGAGAGCCUCUUUGUUGAAGUCGGACACCUGGGGCUGCCCUAUUAUGGGGCUCUCUCCUUUGGCAUCACUUCCUGUGACCCAGGGACAUUAAGGACCAAUGAGCUCCCGGCUGAUCCUGACUCACUGUUAGACCGCAAGGAGUACUGGGUGGUCUACCGAGCAUUCCCCAUCCUCAACAGCGGGGACGUGCUCAAUUUCAUGGUAUUGCCAAAUGGGGAAGUGCACCACGGUGUGAAUGGCAACAACCGAGGCAUGCUGAUGUGCGUGGAUACCUCACAGUCUCUCUGGGUGUUUUUCACAAUUCACGGAGUGAUCAACCAGCUCAAGAUUUUGGGCACCUUGCAGUCUAGCCCAGUGACUGCUUCUCCCUCAGGAUCCCCCAGUGGCUCGCAGUAUGACAGUGACUCAGACAUGGCCUUCAGUGUGAACAGGUCCUCUUCAGCUUCUGAGUCUUCGCUAGUGACUGCUCCAAGCUCCCCUCUGAGUCCCCCCACAUCACCUGCAUUCUCCCCUCCGGAGCCUCCAAGCAACAAGAAUGGCGAGUGCACCAUCUGCUUUGACAGCGAGGUAGAUAUGGUCAUCUACACCUGCGGCCACAUGUGCCUCUGCCACACCUGCGGUCUUAAACUGAGGAAGCAGCCCAAUGCCUGCUGCCCGAUCUGCCGACGCACCAUCAAGGACGUCAUUAAGAUCUACCGGCCUUAGCCCCUCCAUCACACCCCGAGUCCACCAUCACUCAAGUGGACAAAGGGGCUUUGCUGAACAAAACCAGAACCAUGCCUUGCCACCCACCGCCAGUGGCUGGUCCCUGGUUUUAUGCCAAGAGGUUUCCCUAUCUCUUCUUAAGCAUUUUUAAUGGUGGGAAAAGUGAGAAAUCUGGCCUAGCUAGCUAAGGAACUUGGCAGAGGGUCUGAGGGAGGAAGGGUAGCUGCUUUCGGUGAGAUAGUACUUUUCCUAAAGAUACCGUCCUAUAGAUGAUCACAGGCAUUGUCACAUGUAACCACUGUAGCAUAUGUACUUGCUCUCUCUCUAAGGCCCAGACUUGCCCAGCUAGGAAAAUGGCAGCCUCUGUGCAAUGCUUCUUGAGAAUGGUUCGGUUGACUGUGUUUGCACACAGGAGGCUGAAAGAGAAGGGAAAGCAAAGAAAAUAGGGAGAAGAGUUGGAGGACAGCAAAGGGACGAGAACAAGAGAGAGAAUGUGAGAGAGAAUGAAUGUGUAUGAAUUCUAAGCUACUGGAGGCAGGAGCUCCUGGUUCUACUGAGCCCUCCCUGCCACCCUCCCAAGCUCUCCCCAGAGGCCCUGAAUCAGGAGCUUCUCAAAGAACAUCCAAGGAAUUGAGGACCAGCUACAAUCAAGCACUCAUGUCCCUUUCCGUGUUCUUUCCCUCCUCAGAAACUGUUGGAUGAGUAACUAGAGAACAUUCUUAGUUUUUGCCCAACCAGAAAUAUGACUUGGGCAAUAAUAUUGGAGAAGGAAACUCAUAUAUCAAUGCACUGUUUACGACCCCAGAUGUGAACAGCUGUAUCUGGGUGCUUAGUUAAAAAAAAAAAAACAAAUGAGCAGCAACUGGUUGUUGGGUUUUGAUUUUGAGUUUUUCUUUUUUAUCUCCAUCUUUUGAGAGUGAUUUCCUCAGUCCCAGUGUGCAGCAGAGCUAGAGUUCUGACCUCUCCCAAAAGAAGCAUUACCCUCACGCCUGCUCCGCAGAGUGGAAUUUUAUGCACCAUGCACCUUCCCCCGUCCCUCCAGUCUCCAAAUGCUUUUAAGACUAUUAUCUUCUUAAUCUUUGUAAUUAGGAGGCCCCCAUCAUAUAGUCCCCUUUCCAUAAAGAAGAAACUGAAAUAUAGAGACAAGGGCCUGCUUGGAGGUCAUUCAAUAACUUAGAUUCUUCAGUCGUCUGCUUCAACCACUUGCUCAGGGGCUGGCAAUCUGGAGCACGUAAGGUGAUACUCAGUAAUAAGGCCAGGGUCCAUCCUCCAACCUAGGAUAAAUUUAGAAGCAAGAAGAGUUUGUUUUUAUUGGCUUCCCAUUAACUUUUCUCCUGGGCCCCCAUGCUACCUAAUCCCACUAUCCUGGUCAUGUUGUCAGUUAACUGUCAAUUAAUCUCUAGUGGAUUGUCAGCUUGUAAGGUGUUAACUGAUCAUUUUGGCAUCAGCUGACAAUCUUGAAGUGGGACCCUCUUCAUUGCAUUUUUUAAGGAGGGUUGUUUAAGAUUAGCUGGCCCUCCUUGAGGAACAGGGCCUAACUCUACCGUUUUUUCUUUUCCUGACCAUCCUAUUAUUGCCUGAGAUGUCCCUGGUGGGGCUACAAUCAAGCUACAGCGACAUUGGGUGUAUCAUGUCCAAGGGUCCCUGUUCAAGAAGAGCCAUCUACCCUACCCUUCCCCCUCCACCCAUGCAUGCAAAUCAAUAAAAAGGUACCUCGGGCAAAGGCGGCUGGCCUCUGCAGUAGUCCGUACUGCUUUUCCCUUUAAAGGAGGUAAUUCCCCAAGAGUUCUAGGACUUAGGAAUUUGAGGACUGUUGCAUGAGAGUCAGCAAGGGCUUUUUGGGAGCUCUUUUUGGAGAAACAGCAAGGUAUGGUAGCAAGAGUGCUAGCCUGGGAUUCAGAAGAUAGCCCCUUCCUGCCCCACCUCAGCCCUCAGGUUCUAGGCUCACGUCUGCCCCUAAUUCAUGGUGGAGGCUUUAGCCAAGACAUGUCUUUGUACCUCGGUUCUCUCAUCUGUCAAAUGAGGAUAAUCAUGCCUUCCCUACCUACCUACCUUGCAGCAGCUGUCGUGAUGAUCAGCUUAGAAAUAGGAUGUGAAAGUACAUUACAAAAGUCAACAAAACGGAGAGAGGUGUAAGAGAUAUUUAUUUUUAAACAAUCUCAGUCAACUCACCUUUUCCAAAGGGAAAAUAGGUAGAGGUAGAAGGGGAAUUUACAGCCAGCCAAUUUGGGUUCCUUAGGUCAUUGUUCUCAUGUCCUAAGUAGGGUAUAAGGGAGAGAGCAGAUCUUCAAUUAGAACACUACUUGGUGUUAGAACUUCAGCACAUACUUCCUUUUUCCUAACUCAUUCAGAGCCCAGGCACUGAACUGGUCCCCAGUGGCAGCAGGAAUGAGAGGCAGCUAUGGCCAAGGGCUGUCGAACUGAGAGGUUGUGAGUGAAAAAUAAUUCUGUCAAAUUGAGUUAAAAUGAAGUGUAAAAAGAAAUGGCCAGGAGACCCGAAAGGUUCCCACGCAGGCUUUUUUUGGUGUUGUUUUAGAAGAGCUACUUUCCCAAUCUCGCUGAAACCAGAAGACAAGAAAAACUGUGCCUUCCACCCUCCGUUUAGAAUUGGAGUGGGGAUUUUUUUUCCUGAGAGGCAGGGUUGCAUAGUGGCUAAAGGGCUGGCCUUGGAAUCAGGUAGACCUGGGAUCAACCCCUACCUCUGACACAGACUCACUGUAUGACCCUUGGGCAAAUCACUUAGCCUCUCGGUGGCCCCAGCCAACCGGACCUUGUGACUCUUCCAAGAAAAAGUAAAUGAUUCCCAACCCAGUUUCCAUGCUGUGUAUGUAUGUAUGUCUACUUUGAAAAGUAGUAAACCAAUGUAUGGUAUAUAGGGUCAUUCUUUCUGACCCAAAUAUUGGAUUCACCAGAACACCCCUUACCCAGGAUUAUCAGAUAAUGGAGAACCUAACUUGUAUAUCUAAAGGGGACCACAAACCCAGAAGACAAAAGUUGAUUUAAAAAGAGGAAAUAGUUGGCUAUAACCCCACCGUUUUCCUUCUUACAUUCUUCAUGCAAGCCUUUGUCAGUGCUUAUUGCCGUCUCUCAGCCUCAGUUUCCACACCUGUACUAUGAGGGAGUUAGACUAAGGCCCAGUGAGUCUGUGGUGACUCUGACUCUGGCAGAGGAGCUAUGGGGCCCCGGGAUGUGUCAGGAGCAUAGAUUUGUGCAGUACAUUUCAUUAAGCUGUGCAUCCAUUGGGUUUUAUUUUUUAAGGCAAACAUUGGUCAAUCAUAGAGGACAUUAUUUUUAAUUAUCAAACCAAAGAAACUAAAAUUUAAUGAAACUUAAUUUUUUUUC